AUGACUCGUCCCCCAUUGGUUCGUGGAAUCUUUUCGUUAGGUCUUUCUGUAGCCGUUUUGAAAGGUGUUGAAAAAACAGUUCGUAAGCAUUUGGAAAGACAGGGAUGGAUAGAGCCCCAGAAAGUGGACUAUGAGUUAAUUUUCACUAUAGAUAGGUUGAAAAACUUGGUAGAUAAUAAGCGUGAGGCUUUAACUGCGGAACAACCCGACGCUGGUGAACUGAGCUGGCGUAAAGUAUUUAAUUUCAUUUCCAGACAAUCCAGCGAAUUGGACACACGAAUAUACGUUCUUAUACUACUCCUAUCCUUUCUACUACCUAUCGCGUGGACUGUACUGGACGGUGAUCGCGAGACCACGCUAGAAGAUAAGGAUAACGAUUGUAAUGUAGAUCUUAUUGAAAACGAAAGGAGGCUGAAGCAUUACAACGAUGGUGAAAGAGCAGUAUUGCAAUUUGGUAAAAAUAGAUCCGAACCUAUUAUAUUAAGCUAUAAGGACAUGAACGUUUUGGAAGGGGAACAUGAGUUUACCUCCAAAGAGGAACACAGUAACAGCCAUUUGACAAGCAAGAGCGAAAAUGCACUAAACCAAGUAGGGAGUGAAGAUUUGUUAGGUUGUCACCUGGAAAAGCAAUUGGAAGAAGACAAAAAUGAACCGAAUGGAGAAGCAGACGGUGAGGAUGAUAAUAACCGGGAAAAGGAUUGCAGCUCCAGUUCAGAAGUUGAGUCGCAGAGUAAAUGCCGAAAGGAAAGUACUGCAGAGCCUGACUCUCUCUCACGGGAUACCAGAACAACCUCUUCCCUUAAAUCAAGUACAUCAUUCCCCAUAUCAUUCAAGGGCUCGAUAGACCUUAAGUCGUUAAACCAGCCUUCAUCAUUGUUGCAUAUACAAGUAUCUCCCACAAAAUCUAGUAAUCUAGAUGCACAAGUGAACACUGAACAAGCAUACUCUCAACCAUUUAGAUACUAA